AUGUCAUGCGUCCACCAUCUGCGCUACACCCUGGGGGACUCCUCUAGUAUUUCUUGUUGUGAUGUUGUUGUUGUAAGGAUUUCUGACUCUGUUGAUAGUGUUGUUGUAGAUGUUGUUGCUGAUGCAGGUACUGAUGUUGAUGAUGAGGAGAGUGUAGGAGAUUACAUAGAGGUAGCAAUAUCCCAAGAAUCACUUCUUCCAGUUACACAAUCACCUAAGCUAGAUGUUAAUGAUAUAAGUGUAGGGGAUUGUACAUUGGAAGCAAUAUCCCAAGAAUCAUCUGAACCAAAGUCUGAGCUAUUGUUUGAUGAUGAGGAGGUCACAACCACCUUUCUAGAACCUCCAGUGGAGAACUUCUAUGAUGCUUUGAUCAAUGACGAACUACGCGUGGAGGAGGACCUACUUCGUGCUAAGGAGGCUGAAUUCCUAGCUGCUCUGGCCCCUCCCCCUGUAAGCGAAGGGCCAACUAUUUUAGCCGAAGUGCCUAGCUCGUCGGAGCUUCAUGAGGCUCCAGGAGGUUCUUCUAGGGAUCUUGCUGCGCAGAUCCUCCCUGAUCCUGCUUCCACUAUUCCGUCUCCCGCAGCUGUUGAUGUCUCCUCAUCUGCCUUUACUCCUCUUAUUGAGCUUACAUCCCCUGUUUUGGAUAUGCUCCCAGCGGUGGCUAGAGAACAUGGGCUGCAACAGCAAGUUACCGAACUGUCUUCUGCCGAAUUUUCUGCUGCCGCCAAGAAGCAACUUGAAACUCAAAUUGAGAGUCUUGAGGCCCAAUUCAAAUUGGUUACGGACCUUAAUCAAGAGUUGACUUCAAAACUUGGCGAGUUAAAAGAUAAUUAUGAAGCAGAGUUGAGUGAGAAGUUGAAGGCCUUGCAAUUAAAAGAAAACGAGGUGGCAUCUCUAAAUAGUUCCCUUGAUUUGACCAAAGCCGAGGUUGCUGCUAGGGAAAAAGAAUUGAAAACCUCUCAGAUGGCCCUUGGGGAAGAAUGGUUACAUACCCGCCGAUCCGAUCCUAAUCCUUCUACUCUGGGAUUGCUUUCAGAGGAAGAACGAUGGGCAGAGGCUGCCUCACUUGCCGAAGAGGAAGAAGAAGAGGCUUUUGUUACCUUAGUUCAGAAGCCAAAUCUUACUAAGACUUCUCCUUUUAGCGACUUCUUUGGUACUUUUGUACAAACUCCUCUUGUCCCAGCACCCAUCUCUCUUGAGAGAGCUUCCCUGAUUUCUGCUCCUGAGAAGAAUGAUAUUCCUCCUGCGUUUUCUGCUCCUUUGGCAUUGGCCUUGCCCCCCUUGGCCUCUAGGUCUCGAGCUAAACGGACGCCUUGUCGGAGAUCUUCUUCAAAUAUUAGUCCUUCAGCUGUUGAAUCCCCCUCCCCUGUCUUACCAUCGAUUCCAUCCACUUCUUUUUCUGCUCCUCUUGUUUCUGCUUUUCCUCCUAUUGCGUCUUCUUCUUCUUCUCUACCUCCUGUGUCCCCCAUUCCCCGACCUUUGUUCAAACAAGCUCUGGGUCUUCCUUCUCAAUUGGGACGACCCUCUGAACCGUCUAGCUAUGGCUUGUUACAACUACAGGGCUUAUUAGCUGAAUCUUGGUCACUAGGUCAAGAGCAGCUAAGGGGUCUUAGUCUUCCUCAUCGAGCUGAUCGUCAUAGUCGCCAGGCAAUAGCGUUACUUGCCUCAAGUUUACAAAUUGACCAGCUGCUCGUAACUAAAGAUUAG